UAGAGGUAGGUUAGGUGUUAGCAGGGGGAGAGGCAGAAGGGGCUUGUGUUUUAUAAAAAGCCAAGAUCAAAACUUUAAUACUCAUAAAGACACGGAGAGCUGCGCUAAUUGAACGUACACAUCAGGCCUGCCGUGUGAGCAACACUGCGUUUAUAUCUACCCCAGAAAUCAGCGAGAUUAUAUGCUGUGAGUGAUACAGGCUGUAAAAGUGCUGAAAGAUUCUACGCUGAACCUCUGACGGACAAAGCCAAGGUGUAAUUCUGAAGAUGCAGUUCGGUCUGGUUUUAGCCGCUCUCCUCUGUUUCACCACAUGGGAGACUUUUGCCAAUGCAACUCAGGGAUCCACGAAAAACUGUUGUCUCGGAUGGUCCGACACCAGAGUGCCAAUUAGUCGUAUUGUGAAUUACACCAUUCAGCUUGAAGGGAUCUGUCCCAUGAGAGCAGUUCUGUUACACACAGUGCUUGGAAAGACACUGUGCUGGGACCCUGAAAGCCGACAGGCAAAAAAAGCUAUUGAGAAGGUGAACAAGGACAGAAAAGCGUUGCUCGAGGAGGGACGGAAUGAAGAAGGAUCCACAAAUGACAUGACACCAGCAGCAUCUAUGACACCAGCAGCAUCCAUGACAUCAAAGAAUGCAUCCAAAAAGAGAGGCAGCAAAGGAAGGAGGAAAACCCUCAGGAGAGGAAGGAAGGGGCAGAGAAAACGUGCCUGAGGAAUCACAAGACAAAUCAAAGUGACCAUGAACAGUCACAAAAACUUACAUAUCUGCAAAAUAUUAUAUAUUUUUAUUAUAUUAUGACUAUAUCUUGCUGUGUGUUUAUGUGAUAGUGUGUGUGUGUUUAUGGAAAACAGAAAAUCAUGUAUCUGGAGCUUUUCUACUGUUAGUUGGCAAUAAAAUAUUUUUCAGCCAA